UAAAAUAAGUUGAUGUACAGUAGGUUAUUUUCAUAUACAAGCACAGAUCAUUCAAGAAACUGACGAUGGUGCCAUCUCAGAAGCUGUUCAUUGUGCUAUAGGGGCUCCUUCCCAGUCUAAAGCUGAUCAGAAAAUGCUAAUCCUGCUGCUCCAAUGCUGGUCACGUGAACCACUUUAGUGCCAGGGCACUCCUCCGUCACUUUCAGUUGCUGCAGUGUGUGUUGGCACCUACUGUCGGGACACCAGGAUCAGUGUGUGCAUCCGUAAGGGUGUGUCCCUCUCAAGCAGCUGUGACAGCUGCACAGCAGAGUGACCAAUGCAGGGAGGGACUUCCUAAAAACAGGUUUGUCUCCUUAUUGAAACUGCUGAGCUGCUUGAUAUAGCAGGUCCCGGUGGCUGAGUGUACUGGACUCAUGUCAACGGAUAAUCUUGUCCGACAGACGUUCAGUAGUAUUUACACGCAGGUUAAAGGUGGAUCAGUCCGCUGUUUCAGUGUAGCCCUUUGGCAGGAAUGCUUUUGCUGUUGAAUUUCAUCAAUACAGGAUAGCCCUGUCCUUGACACAAGGACAGUGUGAUCUACCGGUAUGCUUUUUUCAUUGUAGUAACUAUGUAGUAAUGGUGAAUUAAGUGCAUUAAAAAUGCAAGUGAUUGUUGCAUAGUUGUUAACUCCAGACCACCAGAGAAGUGUCCUGCUUCUGUAAAGCUGCACUUGCAGUUACUAGUUAAAUGAAUUUCUGUGUAUUAAACUAUUUUAAUGCCUACUGGAAGUACAAGACUCAUUUACCUUCUUUUUUUUUUUUGAUUCUGCUGUUGAAAAAGGAAUCAUUUACUGUGGGCUUUCUUUUUUUCUUGCCUCCUGUUCCAAGUGGAACACGACGCCUGAACCCCCAGAAGCACAGAACUCAGAUGAGCACAGCCGAAAGGGCUUUUCCCAACUUCCAGGUCUAAGUGGGCUUUCUGCGAUGCACCUCGGCUGUCUGACUGACAGCACACUGGUGGCGACAGCUGGAAGAGACUGGAGAGAGGCGAUGACGCUGUAAACCCAAAAUAGCACAAACGCUUUGGAUCCUGGGGAACAGCAGCCUUAGCCUGCAAAUAUUUAGCUUUAGGCCUCCUGCAGGAUUUGGAUAAAACAGUGACUCUCAGCACUGCUAUGUUGACACCUGUCAGCAAUGACUGAUGUGGAGGCGACGUACGCAGAUUUCAUUGCUUCCGGACGAACGGGACGAAGGAACGCGCUGCACGACAUCCUCGGAGCCCAGGGCGACCUGGAGGGCGGCGAUUUGUCUCUGAAGCUUUCCGAACUGGACCUCGGGAAAACAGGAGAAGGAGAUGGUGGUGAAAAAAGUCAAGCGUCUUCCACAGAGCGGCCUCCUUCAGCUCAGGAGGAGAAACCGGAGGGGAGUUAACGGCCAGGCCUGAGCCCAGCGCCCAGCGCCCCGGCCUGGCCCGGCCCGUCCUUGCACCAGAACUGUUGGCCGGGGAGGCCUUGGCUAUGGAGGACGCCACACAGACAGAGAGGAACGAGCUCUUCCCGUCGUGGGCACGGGAUGGGCGCAGGGCCGGGGGCGCAGAGGGGGCAGUCUGCCCAGAGCUGCUCAAGCCCCAUGUUUACUAACGGCUGAGGGGUAUCCGUGAGCCCACAAGCAGUGCGACCUGCAGUGUAUCGUAUCAUCACGAUAGUUGCACUAGUGAUCAUCAAUAGAGAUAGAGAUUUAGUUCUUGCUGUUCCUGCUGGCUGCUGGGUUAGCGUUGGCAGCGGAUUAGGGAUUUAAUCUGUUUUCUACUGAGGGUCCAGGGAGUUAUGGAGAUGGAAGGAUACUGUGUUUUAUAGAAGACAAAAAAAUUAGACUAUGCUUUUUUGCAGAUCAGAACUUGUCUGUUACUUGAAAACGUCCACCUACUGCCCCUUCUUGUAGCCUCUUAGAUCAAAACCUUGGAUAUAUGAGAGGACUCAUAUUAUCUGUAUCUGUUCUUUCUAACUGGUAUUUUUUUGUGUGUGGUAUUGAUGCAGACAACAGAUGGAUCAGCAGAUCUACUGCCAAGCGUGUCAGCCAAAAUGCAUUUUAAAGGAACUUGCUUUCUGCAAAUUUUCUGGUUGACAAUGCUGUGAAGUUCAACAAUUCGCUCUUUCAUUUGGUUUGUGUACUGUGCUGUGAUAUAAACUGCCACUGUUUUUCAAAGUUUCACAGUUUGUAUCAGGGAUAGAAUCUCAUUGUAUUUUAUAUAUUUUUGUGUAGUUGUGUAUUGUAUUUUGCAGCACAUAUUUUGUUAAAGCUGCAUUUUGCUCCAUUUGAUGUUUACAGAUCUAAAUUUAUGCUACAAGCAAUGAUAAGAGAGGAGGAAUUUUGUCCCUGGAUUAAGGGGUACAUCUUAGAUGAAGUAAAGGCUUCUUCAGGCUGGGAGCCAGACAUUGAGGCUUGUAGCUCAUUAAUCUUUUGGUUUUAUUUAAUGUAAGAAACUGGCUCUUCCUGUGUGAUACUUCACUCCUAUGCAUGCCUCUCAUUCUAUUCAGAAGUAGGACUGAGUUUCGUGGCUGUUGACUGCUGAGGGGCAAUGGGACACUACCCCAAUACUAGUGCUUCUGGUGACAGCUAUAAAUAAUGCAUUUAAUAGUUUCUUUUACAUCAUUUCUUGAAAUACUUAUGCAUAUCGCCUCAUGUUUGUCUUGCUGGGAGAGGGUUUUUUUAUAUCAACCCGUUUGGUAACUCCGUCAUUUCAAGCUCAAAGCUGUACUCUGACAAGUUGCAAGUGUUCCCUGUUACAUUGUUUUGUCAAUGUGUUUCAACUACAAUACAAACUAGGUCUCUAGCAUUUACAGUCAGCUCUUCUAUAUAGUGGCCAGUAAUUCUUAAUCUUUUCUUUCUUCAUCAUCUUUUCUUCCUUUUAAAUGAUCACCGUCAUUAUUGUAAUUGUGGUGAUGUACUUUAAAUUAAAAAAAAGUACAAAUGCAUUGAAUCACUUUAUACAUGAACCAGUACAUUAAUAUGUAAGUUGCUUUUUUUAUUAUGUUUUAAGUAGCUGCUGCCAAUUUAUAUACGUUUUUAUAUAUAUAUCAACCCUAUGAAAGAAGACUGAGUUUGUGUGGAAUGUGUGAUGUAUAGCUGUUUUAAAAUUAUGAAUUUUGGGAAUUACAAUUACAUCACUUUUUUAGUGUAUGAAAUAAAGUACAUCUAGUAAAUCAAAUUGCA